CUAUUUAAGGGAGUUUAUCCCUCACAUCUCCGUAAGCAAUAACAAAACCCUUCCUCCCCGUUUCUCUGGCGAUGACCCGACAGGUUGGAUUUUCCGUAUCCAAAAAUAUUUUGAUUAUUUUCUUACACCGGAGCCCGAACGCCUUCAAUUGGUCGCCAUGCUGAUCGACCAUCCGGCCUCCGAUUGGUUUCAUUAUUACCAAUCCAACACUCAUGGCGCAAGCUGGGCUGAAUUCUUGGUCGCUGUUCAACAGCGCUUUGAUCCAAAUUAUUACGAGAAUUAUGUGGGCUUGCUCUCUAAGUUGACUCAGACCUCUUCCGUUUUGGAUUAUCAAACGGCUUUUGAAUCCUUACUGAAUAAGGUUUCCGGAGUCCCCGAGACAACGCUGAUCUCCAUCUUUGUGGCGGGCCUGAAACAACCUGUCCAGCGCGAACUUAACCUACGCAAUCCUACCACCCUUCAAUCAGCAUUUGCUUUGGCACGGGAACUCUCAGCCUGCCAUCAAGAGGCUGCAGUAACCUUUGGCUCUUCCCCACGCCGGCCCUGGCUGAAUCGACCGGCACCUUCCACCGCUGGCAUCCUGCCCACGCCUCCUCUAAACACCCGUACAACUCCAGAGGUGGCCAAACCGCCGGAUCGCCCAUCGCCUAGCAACCUCCCAGUGGUGACAGUCUCCGCGGCAGAAAGAGCAGAGCGAAGCAAGAAAGGCGGUGGUGUGAAGAGAAGUGGGAUCGCAACCAUAAUUGUCGGCGGCGUUUCUUGGCGCUCAUGGGACCGGAUGACGAGGAGGGGCCACUUAUUUGAGAUUGAUCUGUUUAUGCUUGAGGUCCACGGCCCCGAUAUUGUGCUCGGCGUACAGUGGCUGCAAACCUUGGGCAAGGUAGCCCACGACUACGCGAAACUCACCAUGGAGUUCUUAUGGAAUGGUACAACCGUCACGCUCCGAGGUGACAUGCCGAAGCCGCGCCCAGUUUCCUUUAAUCAGUUGCGCGCCAUGCUGGCUUCCCCCACCCCGGUGGACUUAUACGAACUCGUGCCCUCACCCAGCCCGCCGUCCACCACCACCUCUGAGCGGCCUGCUUUUCCUCCAGAUCUGCCAGGCCCCAUCACGGCCCUACUGGAGUCACAUGCGGCUGUUUUUGGGACACCCAUAGGCCUGCCACCCCCACGGUUCUGGGACCACCGCAUCCACCUCACGCUGGGAACCCAGCCCAUCAACGUUUUUUAUUUGGAGACAGAUGCUUCCAACUCCGGCGUCGGCGCGGUGUUACUCCAACAGGGACAUCCCUUGGCCUUCUUCAGCAAAAAAUUGGGGCCACGACGCCGCCUAGCGUCCACAUACCAUAAGGAACUAUAUGCUAUUGUUGAGGCAGUACAAAAAUGGCGCCAGUAUCUACUCGGUCGCGAGUUUGUGAUUCGGAGUGAUCAACGUAGCCUCAAGGAACUGCUCCAUCAGGUGGUCCAAACCCCCGAUCAACAGUUCUACAUCCGGAAAUUGAUGGGGUACAAAUUUCGGAUUGAGUAUAAAGCGGGGUCCACAAACCGCGCCGCCGAUGCUCUAUCCCGCCGGGGCGACGACACAGAACUGGCUGCGUUGUUUACCACCUAUUCUCGGCCCCUCCCCAAGUUACUGGACGCCCUGGCCGACGAGAAUACCAAGGACCCCGAACUCCAGCAACUGCACGCCGCGGUCACGGCCUGGACGGCAAAGCCCGAUUUCUCUGUGCAUGGCGGCCAUAACGAGAGCAUCGGCAUGUCUCCCUUUCAGGCAUUGUAUGGCCGCCCGCCACCGUCUAUUUUUCCAACAAUGGCCGUACGUUCACGUAUAGCUUCGGUAGAAGACCUUCUUCGGGAACGAGCAGACCUUCUCACUGAUUUAAAGACUCAUUUGGCCAAAAUGCGUCAACACAUGGUGGCCCAGGCCAAUUCCCACCGACGUGAUGUUUCUUAUGCGGUCGGCGAUUUGGUCCUUUUGAAGCUCCGCCCUUAUCGCCAACACUCCGUUGCCAGGCCUCUUUCAUCCAAACUCUCCCGCCGAUAUUACGGCCCAUUUCCAGUUUUAGAGCGGGUGGGCCCAGUGGCUUAUCGCCUACAGCUUCCGCCGAAUAGCCGCAUACACAAUGUCUUUCACGUCUCCUUGUUGCGCCCAUUCAUCCAGCAGGGCCCUUCUCUGCCGCCUGUUGCACUGCCUGCUGACUUCUUUAAAGGCUGCCUAGUGUCCGUUCCCCUCCAGGCUGUUGCCGCCCGUACCAUUCUAGUGGAUGGCCAUCCCCAGGACCAAUGGCUCAUUCGUUGGUCCGAUGGUGGUCCUAAAGAUAGCACGUGGGAACCGGUUGAGGACAUUCGCCGCCAUUACCCGGAUCUCGCCCUUGAGGACGAGGCCGUUGUCAACCCCGGGGGAGUUGAUACGGUAGAAGUGGACGUGCCCCUGGUGCAUGCCAACCCGAGUGUAGCCGCUGCCCCGCAUGCACGCCCGAAGCGGACCAUUCAGCCACCGAAGCGUUAUCAAGACUAUAUUUAAAUUAUUCAAUUAAUUCAUGUUUCGUUAAUUAAUUAUUGUACUUUAGAUUUUUCUAGGUGAGCGAAUUAUAAGCUCCUUCGAGGGUUCCUUUUCGGUUCUUUACCUGGUCGCUUUUUCUUGAACCGACAGGAUAGAUAACCUA